GCACUUACCUACGGAGAGGAAGAGAAAGUAGGAAGUUGAGGUUUGAGUAUUUUCGGUAAAACUUUAGUUGCGAAAUUAAUUUACAAAUACCAUAUAAAAACCUCGUAUUUGAAGUGGAUAUUAGCUGUCUUCCUUAUUUAUGUGUGUAUGACGUUUGCAUAGCUACGACUAGCUUGCUGUUUUGGGAGCAGCAUUAUCAGUUGCAAAUAACAAGUCACUAGCUAUAUAGCAGCUUGCUAGCAAUGAACGACACUUUGGCCCUUCUACAGAAAUUCAAUGCGCAUCCAGAUUCCCGCUGUUGGUAUGUUGCAUGGAACCCCAAAGGCACAUUGCUGGCAUCAUGCGGUGGUGACCGAACCAUUCGGAUAUGGGGAAGGGAAGGUGACUCUUGGGAAUGCAAGACCGUGCUCCAGGAUGGACACCAGAGAACAGUCAGAAAGGUGGCAUGGUCCCCAUGUGGGAACUACCUGGCCUCAGCCAGCUUUGAUGCCAAAACCUGCAUCUGGAAAAAGAAGAAUGAUGAUUUUGAGUGCUUGACUGUUUUGGAAGGACAUGAGAAUGAGGUCAAAUGUGUGGCCUGGGCCCCAUCCGGUAACUUGCUGGCCACAUGUAGUAGAGACAAGAGCGUCUGGAUCUGGGAAGUGGAUGAGGAGAAUGAGUAUGAGUGUGUGAGUGUGGUAAACUCUCAUACACAGGAUGUCAAGCAUGUUGUCUGGCACCCAACACAGGAGCUCCUCGCCUCAUGUAGCUACGACAACAAUGUGUGUGUCUAUAAAGAAGAGGAUGAUGACUGGGAGUGCAGGGCGACCCUGGAAGGACACACCUCCACUGUCUGGGGUUUGACCUUUGACCCAAGUGGCCAGAGACUGGCCUCCUGCAGUGAUGACUGUACUGUGAAGAUCUGGAAAGAAUGUCAGCCUGAAGGUGGGCAGGAAGGCACCGACGCGGCUUGGAAAUGUGUUUGUACCCUUUCAGGGUUUCAUGGACGGACAGUGUAUGAUAUUGCAUGGUGUCCACUGACGGGUGCCCUGGCGACUGCAUGUGGUGAUGACGGAGUACGUGUGUUUAAGGAGGAUGAGACGGCUGACCCAGACCAACCUGCUUUCUCCCUGUCUGCCCAUGUACCCAAGGCCCACACCCAGGAUGUCAACUGUAUCGCAUGGCACCCCAAGGAGGCUGGGCUCCUUGUCUCCUGCAGUGACAAUGGGGAGAUAGCAGUCUGGAACUACCAGUCUGGGGUCUGAGAACAUGUUGGGCUAGUUAGGACUUCCAGAUCCAGUGUUUAACAGUGCUGAAUUUACCUUGUACUGUCAAGGGUGCCAACAGCACUGAAAGUGUCAUGAAUGUUUAUUAAUCCCUCUUGCAAUAACCUGUUUUAAUGAGGUUAGAGUGGUUAUGAUUUCAUUAUACUGAUAAGAUUCCUGCCUGUGCACUUGUUUUGUGGUUCAAAAAUGAAUGUGGGCCCUAAAUGUUCUACAUGUCAUAAUUAUGUAUUUGACUAACAUAUUACACAUUCCAAUGGUGUUUUGUAAUAUCAAGGGAUUCAACACACUUAUGUCUAGAUACAUGUUUCCAGAAACCACUUCUAGUAAGCUUUGAUAGAAAAUGUCUUUGCUUUUAUAUUAAUUGUUCAUAAAGAUGGUCUUCAGAUUAUAUUAAUUUACAGUCAAAGUAGUCUGGAUAAUUUUUAUUGGAAAAGCCAUGACAGCACAAAGGUAUAUCACCAACAAACAAAACAGGCUGAUCAUUAAUCACUCUUAAUAGCAGACAGGGUUGGGAGUAACUGAACUUAUUUUUACUAAUCAAUUGUUGCCAGGGGGGGAAAAUACAUUAAGACUGUUCAAUGACAUUCAAAUUAGUCUUGAAAGGCGCAAGCUUGUUCCACCUGAGCGAGUCAGCGGCCACUAUGAUUACACACAAUGCGUUUGAUGGAUCCUUUGUCUUCUGACUUAAGGGAAAAUCAGAUUGCGUUACUGAGUUUGACAAUUGACUAGUAACAGAUUAUUUAGAAAGUACCCAACCAUGAUUGCAGAGUUGUGAAACAGUUACAGACAAAUUGAGACACUGAGUUGUUUACUAAAAAUGUAAGCAGACUUCUGUAAUUAGGUACUAUAUACACAUUACUAUCCUCGACUGGAACACAUUUAAACAAUUGUACAAAAAGGUCUGACAAUUACCUCAAGCACAAUAGAAUAUAACAGUCCAAAGAGAGAUUGACUAUAAAUGUGACUCAAUGCCUCAUCUACACUGAACAAAAAUAAACGCAACAUGUAAA